AUGAAACAGAAUCGUUGGAUACUUAGCCAGGGCGAUGCGAUAGACUUCGAAAUCGAGAAGCGUGCAAGACCAACAAUUAAAAGAGAAAGAAUUGCAGAACCGAAUGACAUUAAACUCAAAGAUGGAAGAUUAGUCAAGAGUCUCGAUAAACAAGAGGACUGUAAGCAUCUGAGCAUCUUGCAAACUUACGAAAUUCCUCAUGCGGUCGUCAUGAAGAAAACCAACGCAGAAUAUAUCAGAAGACUUCGCAAAAUUCUGAACUCAUCAUUGAUUGGUGGAAACACGAUGAAAUCUAGUAGUGCAGAGGCCAUUGCAGUCAUUCGGUACUGCGCUGGAAUCGCUGACUGGACACAAGUGAAGCUGGAUACACUGGACUGCAAAACAUGGAAAAUUAUGACAGCAAAUCAAGCUCUACAUCCAUCGAGUGACAUCGAUCAGCUUUACGUAGUGCAGAGAAACGGAGGGCGAGGAUUGUUGUGGAAGGAAGCAGGCGAAAUUGCAAACAGCCACAUCGACGGUAGCUGCAAAGCUGCGUUGGAACUUGUGCAGGAAGUACGGGUUGCCGUCUGCGAAACACUGAGGGCAACGGCAGCGUCUGUGGAAGAAGAAGGCAUCAAAGACCCCGGUUGUGAUUGGGUCACUUGGCGCAACGUCCAGAAUGGUGGGAAGCUGCUCGAUCAGCUGCGAGGUGACGAGGUGAUGUUCGAUGAAAGUCUUUUGCACCGGGCAUCAGAUAACACGGCUGAAAGUCAGUUAUCCGGUUAG